AAGUACAGAAAAGUGAAAUGAACACUUGGCGUCUCAUAAUAUUUCUACUCCAGACUCGCGUUCGCAGAGUGUAUUAAUAAUAGGUUUUUAAUUUUGCUGCUGGUCUUUUUCUUUUUUGGCCUUGCCGAUUUCAAAAUGACUGAACAGGCUGAUAGAACAUUAUGGGUUGGGAAUCUUGAUCCAAGGGUAACAGAAGAAAUACUGUUUGAGCUGUUUUUACAGGCUGGCCCUCUCCAGGAUGUCAACAUUGCCAAGGACAAGGAAGGAAACCAGAAGAGUUUUGCCUUUGUGAAAUUCAAGCACGAUGUCUCAGUACCCUACUCAAUGCAACUCAUGGGGGGACUUUCACUCUUUAACCGUGCUCUUCGACUUCAGUUCCGCAGCGGCAGCAAGCACCAAUCCACACCCCAGCACAUGAUCCCAGCCACGCCUCCAAUGCAGAGUCCAGGAUACCAUGGCGGUGGUGGAGGUGGGAAGGGGCUGCUUGGGACUCCUCCGAUGCAGGGCGGGGCAGGUGGUAGGCUGCCACCCCCCGUUCACCGGUCUGCUUCAGCGCCAGGUGGGAUGGCUCGGAUGGGGCAGGGCUUUCAAGGUGGGACUGUCCCGCUGAUGGUAACGCAUCUUUCUACAGGAUCACCCAUGGGACUUCCAGGCAACAUGCAGUCUAUGCAAGGAAUAGGUCUCCCACCAGGAACACCAUUUUCUCAAGGAGCUGCGAUGCAAGGCUUACCAUUAUCAAACAGAAAAGAUCAAAGCCCUUCACACCAACCAUCCUCACCUCAAAAUAACUACGAUACGCCUGACAGAAGAGCUUCUGAUAACCGUGGCCCUCCACCCCGUAACCCAGACCGAUAUGCAGACAACAACCAAGGAAGGUCCGAUAGGGAUUACAGUCCACGUUUUGAUAACGAUGGAAGUCGCGAUUUCAAUCGGCAGCGGAGUUAUGGACGCGAUGAGGGCUCUGAUUAUCGUGGAAGGGACAGUUCGUUGGACCAAAGAUCCAGAGAUAGGGGACGGUACUCCGAGGAUUGUAGGGUGUCCGAUCUGGAUGGACGCAGAGGUGGAAGUUAUGACCAGGACAGACAGGGAAGGAAUCGAGAUCGGUCAAGCGGAAGGAACGAUUCCAGGAGAGGUUAUGAUGAUGGACAUUCCUACCGAAGGAAUUAUCAUUCAGGGAGAUAACUCUUGCCCUUUUUUAAACAUUUUUAGACAUUUGCCUGACGUUAGCCUGAAUUCUCAAAGGUGUAACUGUAUCCAUGGUUUGAAAACAUGGUUUUAUGCAGAUUUCAUGCAUUUAUCAUGCUAAAGUCAGUGCAUGUAUUGACAAAGCGUCCAAUAUGCACAUUUUUAUCACAGUGCGGUAAAUUGACAGUUGUUGCUACGAUUACAGCAUUAAUAAACCAACUGUUUUGUCUAGAUAAGUGAUUCCAUGUUUUAUAUCAGUGUACAUAUAAAUUUGGCUGACUUAACCUUAGUCACAGGCAUGCAUUUAGCAUGCUGUGAUGAAAAUAAACGUUCAUCUCAUUAUACAUGUAUGUACUGAAUUCAGCACAAUACAUGCAUGAAAUCUGCAUAACCCAUGCAUGGUUUUCAAACCACUGAUUCAAAACCACAUUUAUGAAUCUUGGGGGUGUUUCACAAAGAUUUAAGUAUGACUUAGAGUCGCAUUUAAAUGCCUAGUUGCGUUUGGGGUAUAAAAGACAUGACCAAAUUGGUCAGAUCAUGCCAUGAGGACGCGCACUACUGCCAUUGACCAAUAUGAUUGCGCGUUUCAUGUAGUGUACACGUCGGCAUUAAACUGCAACUCUUAAGUCUUACUUAAAUCUUUGUGAAACACCCCCUGGACUGUUUUAUUUCAUCUUGUAAAUGAUGAGGUCAGCUUUUUAAUAAGUACUAUAGAAUACCAAGUCUUAUUGAAAAAUAAGUAAAAGUCAACUUAACAAGCCAGAAAAUAUGAACCAAAAGCAAGUUGUACAGUGUUAGCAAGUUACACAUUGAUUUCAUCAUCGGCUGUGACUUGAAGCAGGUUUGGUCUUUACUCUGAACACAAGGCUGGCAGCAAAAGAGGAUUCUGAUUAGUAUUCCUAGCAUUGUACUGAAUUUCAAAUCAAAUAAUUUUACUUCAUGAAACUUUAUGCUAAAACGCUGGUUGUUCAAAAUCAUGCUGUAGUUGGAUCAUUAAAGGGAUGGUCCAGGCUGGGAAUAUUUAUAUCUCAAUAAAUAGAGUAAAAUUCACAGAGCGAAAUGCUGAAAAUUUGAUAAAAAUCGGAUAACAAGUAACAAAGUUAUUAAAUUUUAAAGAUUUGCAUUAUUCCGGUGAAACAGUUCUAGGUAUGUCUUUAUGAAUAUUCAUUAGGUGGGCUGAUGAUGUCAUAUCCCCACUUGUUCUUUUGUAUUUUAUUAUAUGAAAUUAGGUUUAUUCAAAAUUGUUCUACCCAGAAUUAAAUCAAUUUGAUUGACAACUCAUUAAGUGUAUUAGUUAUUUAUUGCCACAACAUAUUUCAUCAUAAUGAAGACACAUCAUUUACCCAUGUAUGAAAAAAUCAAUCAUUUAUGACUUCAUGUAAUAACAUGUAAGAAAAAGGAAAGUGGGGAUGAGACAUCAUCAGCCCACCUAAUGAAUAUUUGGGAUGAUGUGCAUAUAACUGUUUUCACAAAAUAUUGAUGAACUUUGAAAUUCAAUAACUUCGUUAUUUGUUAUCCGAUAUUGAUGAAUUUUCAGCAAUUUGCUCUGUGAAUUUUACUCUAUUUAUUUAGAUAUAAAUAUUUUCAGCCCAAACCAUCCCUUUAAAUGUGCAACAGGAUUUACCAAAACACAGUGUUUAUCAGCCUUUUUACCCAAAUGUCCACCCUGGCUUUCAUAAACCUUCCGAGGACCAUAAUCUUUUUAAAUUCCUUUAGAAGCUGCGCACCUAACACAAUCAAAAUCAGACAAAAUGGCCACUAAAAUUGGAAUAUGACAAAACAAAAUGUAUGUGGUGAAGUAACUGCACCACAUCCAUCAUAAAAUCUGAACAGGUGAUCAGUAUAAACCUUUCAUGUGAUUGAACAUUAUUCCAACCGUCACAAAAAAUGCAGUGAAUUCCGACAGCUGACGUUACAAGCUGAAAAUGUUACCUGAGCCGUAUAUAGUACAGACUGCUGACGGAUGCAUGCACAGAGCUUUAAUCACAUGCAUAGUGAUGUAGAAGUUCCAUUGUUUGCUGAUCACCUUUAUCAGAUUUUGUCAAUUUCAUGUCACAUUUGGGAUUCCCAUUUGUUAAUUCAUUUGACCAUAUCUCUUACAUUUAAUACCUAUGCUGGAUAUAAACCAGAUAUAUACAACCUUCAGAGAUUUGGUGAUACUAUGUACUUUGGGGACUGCGUCCCUCAAGAAAAUAGUUGUAUUAGCAUCUCUGAGUCUGAGGGAACCAUAGCUCUUACCACCUCUGGCAGCUCUACAUUCUUCUCUAAUAUUGCCUACAUGCUAAUAAUUUUAACCAUGAUUUUAAAGUUUAUUUGAUUUGUCUGCCGACUUUGGAUUCUAUUCACAUACAUGUACAUCUUUCCUUGAUAAGAAUGCCAAUUGGGUGAGAAAGAUGAGGCUUAUUUCCAAUCAGCUUCCAGGAACCAAGUUAUUCUUAUAUCAGUGCCCAUCUUCAAAUAAUUCAAGAUAAUGUUAAAUCUAGAAUGUUUUUUUCUCAAUUGAUUACAAAUAAUUUCAUUAAUUGCUGGAAUAUGAAGUCACCCAUUCUUUCAUGGUUUUCCUGAACUACGUCUACUCUUACACAAUCUUAGGGAGUUUAAAUGUCAAAAAUUAUCUGAACAUAUAUGUUUUACUCAUAUUAGAUGAUAUGGGUGAGUGUUUCACAGGGAGUUAAGUAUGAUUUGAAGUCACACCUUAAUUUUCAGUUGCAUGCUGUGUAAAAUGCAUCACUACAUUAUGAAGUCAUUCAUGCCAAGAGGACUAGCGCUUCUGCGUAUUAAUCAAUAAAAUGGUGUGUUGAUAUUAUGUGCUUGCCAGCAUUAAGCAUUACUUUUAAGUCGCACUUAACUCCUGGUGAAACACCCCAGGUGGGUGUUACAUAAAGCUGUAGUAAUGUUAAGAGCGACUGGUGACCAUUUCUUUGCGCUAGCUAAUCACUAAUGAACAUUAAAUGGUGUACAUGUAUAUCAUUUACAUGUACCACAAGAAAGGACCACCAGUCAUUCUUAAAGACACUCUUAACUUACCAAAAGCUUAUGAAAUAUAUGAGCCCAAUAUUGAAUUUUGAGUGUCAUAUUAUCAAUCGGUUGUACCACAUCUUUGUGUAUUACUCAGCUUCCAUAUUGAGAGAAAUUGAGACAGAGAAACAGAUAAAUAUAUCCUCUCAAUACCUUCAUACAUAUAUUUCUGUUGAUCAUACUCAUAACUUUUUAGUAUCCCAUGCAAAGAUUGUAAAAACACAUAUUUUUUUAUAAAUGUGACAUUCGUAAUAAACUGAAAAUUCUUAA